GAAAAACAAAUGAUUUUCCAAAAUAAAUAAAAUUUAUUUUCAAAAUAGCAAGAACAAAAAUGAAACACGAAAACAAAAGAAGAAAGAGAACAAUAAAAACUAAAAACACCCAACUCCAUGAAAGGCUACAAUUUUCCCUCUUCCUCUUCCUUUCCAAAGAAAUCCCAUGCAAACCACAUAUUCUCAUGCAAACCCUAAUUUCAUUCCUUUUCCUUUUUUUGCCCUCCAACUUCCUCACCCCCUAACAUCUCUUCAUUCAUCUCUCUUUCCCACCAUACUCACCACCACCUCCUCCCCAUCUCUACAUGGAGGAGCGGGUCCCAGCCGCGACCGCCGGCUCUGACCCUUCCCCCGACAAUCCUCCGGCCAACCCUGACCUCCUCCCUCCUCCUCUUCCUCAUUCACAUCCAAACAACAAUCACCAUGUCGUCUCUUCCCCUCCAUCUUACCAUUCCCGCAAGAUCUCCAAAGCUCCCUCCUUCUCCUUCACCAUCCAACCUGAAACCACCUACAUCAUCCAAAUCCCCAAGGAUCAAAUCUUCGCGGUCCCACCACCGGAGCACGCCAAGAUCGUCGAGCGCCACCGCAACGAGAAGAAGUCCUCCAGCCAAAACUCCGCAUGUUGCUCAUCCCGUUGCAUGUCUUAUACCUUCGCCAUCGUGAUCCUCAUCGGCAUCAUCGUCGGGGUGAGCAUCGCCAUCACCCAUGCCCUCAUCAAGCCUAAGCUCCCCAUCUUCAACAUCCAACGACUCAAUGCAAAGGAAUCAACCGGGUUCAACGUGGCACUCACCGUUAAAGAUGACGGCAAGAUGAGCAUUUCGCCGGAUGGAAAUGGAGAAACCACCUUGAUGUACAAGAACAUUGAGAUUGGAUCGGGCAGGUUCCCUAGGCUAAGAGUCGGGUCGGGCCAGACAAAGGCGAUUAGCUUGCAGCUGAAGGGCAUUGGGAAGGGAAAGAUGCCGACGGCGGUGAAGGAAAGCAUGGUAGACAAGAAGGGGAAGGCUCCCAUUUCAUUGUCGUUGGUAAUGAGAAUUCCAGUGGUGAUGAGUGCCUCCGGGGUGAAGUCACAAAGCAAAGAGGUUAACAUCAACUGUAAGUUGAAGGUAAGGUCGUUAGGGGUGAGUCGAGGUGUUACCUCUCAAAAGUGCCAGGGCAAGUUCUCGUAGGUAGGAGAAAAGAAAUGAUCGAUCAGAAAAGGGAUUUUUCCAUAAAUGUGAAGGGAGUUUCUUUGUUGACUUCAAUUAUGCAGACAUUGAUGAAAAAUUUGGUUCAAAUGUUCUCAAUAACAAGGGGGGGAAACAAUGAAAUUGCAUACAAUGGCAUGGAAGGUAACAUUACAUGACAAAAAAAGAUUUGUCAAAACUUUUUUUUUUGUUCUUUUAUAUUCCGUCCUCAAUUUUAGCUAAAAGUUUUGGUAUAGUAUGAGAUUUCUGCAUAGUGGUCAAUCCAAAUGAUUGAUCUUGUAUGUACAAAAUGAAGAGUAUUGAUUGAG